AUGCAAACAGACAUUAGUAAAAAUAGAAGAUCACUGUAUAAUGUGGUUUUGGAAAACUUGACAGAGGCCCAACGGAAUACUCCUCUACAUCGAAUGUUUUACGCCGCAGAGCACUUCUUAACCGAUGAUCGAAAGAAACUGAAAGAAUUAGUCGAAGAAACAAUUGAUGCAUUCAACAGAGGCUACAACGACGACGUUUUGACCGGUCUGUUUCUGCACUAUGAAAACCACUUUGUGCAUAUGGUUGAGGGAAGCGAAGAAGGAAUAACAAAACACUUGGAACUGCUGAUGAAGACGAAUGAGAAAAGUGAGUUUAUUGGAAAGGCCAAGAUCCUAAUGUUCUACCAUCAUAUAACACAGCGAUUUUUUCCACGAUGGAUAUCAGUUGCCGGUAGACCACCUACACUUAUCGCAAAACCAAAUCCUUCCUGCGAUACAGAACAACUUGGAAAUCACGUCCUGACCGUAUUUUCGAAAAUGUACAAUCUAGCUGGAUAUUUUCGGGAAUGUCUCGAAAAGUCUGCAGAAGAAUUAAGAGACGCAAUUAGUACCGUAUCAGAAAAAUGUUCUUCAUUUUUGCCAGAAAUAGUAUUGAUAGAAUUUUUAUUGGAUCAUGACGAUAUUCCUGAACUGAGAGAGCAUGCAGGGCUCUAUAAAAUAAUAGAUUUUCCGAAGUCUUUCGAAGAAUCUGUGUGGCCUAUUCCAACUGACUUUGUGCCAUAUAAUGUAUUUGAAGGACAAUGA